AUGGUGUCGGUGUUGGUACAGCGGCAGCAACGUGAGGCUGCCAUGCGCAAGGAGCGCCUUCUCGCCGCCCGCCAGGCAGCCGCAGCACUUUCCAUCCAGCAGGCUCGCUCCUACCAGAGGCAGAAACAGCACCAGGAGGCGUGCGUUCGUGAGGACGCUCGUCAGCUGUGGCUGCAGUCGAACGCGCGAGACGUGGCCGUAAUCGAUGGACUCGUUGCACGUGCCACCACGGAGCAAGGCAAAGCUCAGGAGGCUGCUGCACACUACGAGGCCGGCCUAAAGGCGGAGGCAAACGAGGAGGUGGCCGCAUGGCAGGCGGAGCGGCAGCUGGAGGCGGCACGACACCGCCUCGCCGUUGCCUACACCCGAACAGAGGCGCACGAGCGGAUGAAGCAAGCUCGCGAAGCCGAGCAGCGGCGUGCUGCUGUGCGCGUGACGGAGAAGGCGAGGGCGGUGCGGGUGGCGGCUGCGGCACCGGCGGCCCUUUCUCUGUCGAGCGUUCUCGGAUGUAUGUCGGCUGCAUCAGUGGCCAUGCACGUACCAGGUGCCAGUGUCCCAGUGCCACAGGCAAGUCGCACGUCUCUGCGCACCGCUGCAGCGCCAACAGCAGGAGUAACCCCUGUUGAUGCUCCGCGCCGUUGGCGCAUCUCCCAUGCCGCCCCACACGCGCACGUCACCCUACACAGUGCCCCGACACACCAUGUCGCCCCUCGCGAAGAGGGCGAGCGAAGCGCUAUGGCGGCUGUGGAUGAUGCCGUCCCUGCCUCCGCAGGCACCUAUGCAGAGGAGUGCGUAGCUGUCCAGCAGCAGAGGGACGACGUCCUGACGGACGGCCAGGAGCGUGCAACGCGCAGGGCAGCGUCCGUCUUGCGUCAACAGCGCGCAAAGGAACUGCAGAAGCAGCAGGAGGAGCAGGCACAGCGAGAGCGGCUUGCCACCGUCAAGGCACACUAUCGCCACCCACGCGAGGAAAGCGUCCCGAGUGGCGGCAAGGAAGUCACGGGGAUGGAGGGCGGUACACACCCUGUCACAGCCACGACUGGUAGCAGCAGUAACGGCAGCUUAGAUGGCCAACACCACCACCCUCAACCACAGCGUCCGCUGCAGCGACUCACUCGCCAUCAGCGGUCAUACUUAAAGGGCGAAGAGGACUUCCGCGCAGCGUUCGUGGAGGCUCCACCCGUCGUGCUGCGCCUGGGUGAAGAGCUGCCGCGUCGUGCUCCGCUAAGCGAGCUCUUGCGACCCGUGAGGAUGGAGGAACUACUAUACAGCACUGCGCAUGCUGACCCAAGAAAUCUCACUCUAUCCACACCGGUGCCACAUUAUGGAUCCAGUACGGCUGCAGCAGUAGUGUCACCACCCUUUCCAAUGGCAGCUGAGGUGCCACCAUCCAUGCAACCCUCCGCCAAAGCGCGCGUGCUGCCAUCAGCUCCCCUCCGCAUGCUGCCCCUCGACCACUGUAGCAGCCCUGCAUGCGCGACGACAGAGUCGGCACCAGCGGACAAGGAUGCGGGGGUAACACCCCUAAGCAUCGGCGAGAAGUCUGCGUCGCCGCUGCCUGCGCCGAGAGACCCCAACGACGCGCCGCCCACUUCUCUUCACGUGUCUCCAGCGGGGUCGACCGCAUUAUCGCCGAUGCGGGUCGGCGUAUUAGUGGGUCAUGGAUCGCUGGGGCGAAUGCCAUCGCCAGAGAGGGCUGCCGGUACGGAAGAGGUUGUUGCUCUCUCUCCUCUCACCCCGGUCCCCCCGGCGACGAGCGCCUGCGUGGCUGAGUCACCAUCGUCGCCACCCAAGCGUUCUGGGGAGGCUCCGGGAGAGCUUGGUCAGGGAGUCACUAGCAUGGGCGCUUCAGAUGCAACGCUGGCUUACAGUCAGCAGCCCUUGGCAGGGCCAGAGGGAAGGUGGGCCACCUCAGCCCGCGCAACCACGCCAGCGUUGCCGCCUGUGUCAUCCUCGAUGACGGAGUGCACACCCGUUCGUCAUCGCUACCGUUGCAACGCCACCCCGCCGUCGUCGCUGUCCUCUUCGAGUGCCACCACCACUGAGACUGCCGAGCCGGUGAGCGGCUCCUCUUCCCCGACCUCUGUGGGAAGCGGCAGUAGCAGCGGCCUCGACGCGUCCUCCCCUUCGAAUGAAACCACCAGCAGUGGUGGCUCAUCGCGCUACCCGAUGCCGGUGAUGACGGCGGAGCAGCUGAAGUUAGCGCUGCUGCGUCUGCGCAGCCGCAUCAAGUCAGUGCAGGUGUAG